AAAUUAUAACGUAUGUACGAUUGCAAUAUGUAUCACAGAGCAUAAUGAAAUGCGUUUUUGUAAGCUUUAUUAUUGAAACUAUUUUAAUAAUUCAAUCCGGUCAACAUUUUAUAACACCACUUCAUCAAUGUGUUCUCGCCGAAAUCUGCAACCACACGCAGUUGACCGUUUGCGGAGAGGACAAGAAGAACUCCGAACACCGGAUUUUCCACGACGAAUGUGAUUUGUUUGAGUUAAAUUGCGACGGCGAUAGAGAAUUCGUACCAGUUAAUUAUUCAGUUUGUUUUCAACAAACAAUAAACGGAAUGCCAGUAAAUAUUUAUAGUAGUAGAAGAAGAUAUAAUAAAAAUAUACUGCAGAAUAUGAAAAAAGAAAUGGUGGAAGCAAAGGCGACGGUUACUUUGAAACGGUUCCGGUUAAGCAAUCAAACAAUCACGCUACCUGAAACCACUGUUACUACGACUCCUACUACUUUUACUACUCCUACUACUACUCCUACUACUACUACUACUCCUACUACUACUCCUACUACUACUACUACUACUCCUACUACUACUACUAUGGCGAGUAUAUCUACAGUCAUAUUGAAAAAGGAGACUGUUUGGAGAAAUGGAAAAUUAUUUAUGAAAAUAGUAAAAGGCCUGGAACAUGAAUAUCCUCAAAUUACGAACGAGUUGAGUGGAUAUAAUAUAAGUACAAAUUGA